AUGGCAGCUCCCGCCGCCGCCGCCGUGGCAGAUCGGGCCCAGGCCCGCGAGCUGGUCGAUGAGAUCGCUGUCAAUCAUGGCUACCUCCCACCCCAUGUUGUUGACUUAAUCCCUGAUGAGAUCCGUGCUACUGUUUUGCAUGCCCUUCAGAAGAAAGAUAAUAUGAUAGCAGCAUCUGUCUCGACACUGGCCCAAAAUUUAUAUUCAAGCUCUGCUCGCUUCAUCUUCGAAUUACUCCAAAAUGCUGCUGACAAUAGCUAUUUGAAGGCCUUGGCCGAGGGGCAUGACCCGUACGUCUCAUUCAGCGUCUACCCGGACCGACUUGUUGUGGAAUGCAACGAGGAUGGCUUCACUAGUGAAAAUCUCACAGCAAUAUGCAACAUUGGGAAGAGCUCCAAGCAAGGCGCCCAGGGAUACAUUGGCGAGAAGGGCAUCGGUUUCAAGUCAACGUUCAUGGCUGCCUGGAAGGUGCAAAUUGAAUCAGGGCCUUUCACUUUCUAUUUCGAGCACCAGGUGGGUGAGUCUGGCAUGGGCAUGAUCACUCCCAUCUGGUUCGAACCCGAGGAGGAGUUUACAGGCCCAGGAACACGGAUUUCGCUCUACUUUCAUGACAACGGAACGCCAGGGGAUCUGGCGGAUCGGCGUGACGAGGUCAUCCACCAGCUCAAGGAACUUCAAGGCGAGGCGUUGUUGUUCGUGAAUAAACUGAGGCGCAUCAAUAUUGCUGUCUUCGAAUCGGGCGAGGACAAGAUAUGGUCCAAAUCUAUGGCAUUAUCAGACAGCCCAAGCUUUCCACAAGGUUCCGAGCUGCGCACGUCUAAAUUUGAUGCUACCACUGGCACCGAGUCUGAGAUGGUUAAAAGAUUCCACAUCACCAAGUAUUAUGUUUUUGGGCUGUCCAGGAAUGAGAACAGGUCUUAUUCAGAGACUGAGGAGGGUCUGGCUUUGUAUUCGACAUCGCAAGUGAUGCUGGCCUUUCCGCUUGAUCAAAACGACGAGCCCAUCACUGAAAUCCAAGAUGUUUUUGCCUUCAUGCCAGUCCGUAAGGUUGGCUUUAACUUCCUCAUCCACGCAGACUUUGUGACUCAGGCUAAUCGCCAGGACAUUGUCUGGAGUUCCCAACGAAAUAUCGGUCUUCGCAAGGCUAUCGGCCAGGCUCUGGUCAAAGGCAUAGAAGAGCUGGCUAAGCAUCAAGCCCUUCGGUACAAGUGGAUGAGAUACUUGCCCCGUGAAGAUAGCCUGAACAACUCACCCUUUUGGAAAGAUGUGAUAUCUGAAAUCAAGUCGCCUCUUUCCCAGGCGCAGAUUCUUGUUCCCAUUCGCCAGGCUGCCCGAUGUCCCAUACAACAAAUGAGGCAGCUAGAGGCUCGUCACUUGGACAAAAACGGCGACGCUCUCAUCCCAGAUCUAUGGAGUUGUCCGAUGUACCUAUCCAAGGACUACGAAGAUGAAGACCUUGAUACUCUGAGAGAGUAUGGCCUUUCAGUACUCCAACUGGGUGAGAUAUAUCCUAUUCUCUCGGGAAUGAUCAAGGAACAAUCGUGGAAAAAAGCACUCUUCGAGACUCGAGAUGAGGACUGGCACAGCAGGCUGGCGAAAUUGAUUCUGGCAGCGAUGGAUUAUGACAUGGCACAAUCGUCCGGGUCGUCCCAACCUUCGGGCAACAUCGGCCCAUCGUCAUCCUCGACAGGGCUAUUCUCAUUCAACUCCAAUCCGAGACCAUCCACCUCUUCGCUGUUUGCAUUUGGUUCCCAAGGCAAGACUACUGCCAACGCCAGCGCCACAGGUACCUUUAAUUCGAGAGCAUCCACGCCUAAGCUGUUCUCAUUCAGUGACCAGAAUGCGGAUUCUGCCAAAUCGGAAGUGAAAAACAGAUUUGCACACCUUCCCUUGAUACCUCUUGCUUCGGGAGAAGUCAUUCCAUCCAUCCCCAUAAAUGGGGAUGGAGCUACCUGCCAUUUCCCAGAUUUUGCAGGGGUUCCUGUUCCUCGGGAUCUCGUACCACAUGUUAUUCUUCCAGCUGCGGCAGCAAACGCUUCAUGCCGGCAGUUGUACGAAAGCCUCGGUGCGUCGAAGCCGUUGCCUCCAUACGUUACGAGGAAGCUAGUUGAAAGAUACAAGACCCCCAACGAGCACAACGUUACUCUUGAAGAAACAAAGCAACAUCUAGUCUGGCUAUAUCGGAUGAAGCUACCAUCGUCCGGGCCCAAGGCGGCAGUCCAGCCUUUAUUUGCAACGAAACCCUCCGUCUUGGACGACAUGAUAGUUUUCGACCAUAUGAACCGCCCAGGACGAGCCCGGCAAGGGCUUGUUCAUCUCCCAGGGGGAGGGAAGUACUCUGCGCAGAAUUGGCUUCGACCCGUCCAAAUCCCCGGUGAGCCAGAUGUCGAAAUAGACGUUCCCUAUCUACACCCACAUUACCUCGAAGAUCCUCCCGCCCAACCUCUCUGCUCCGGAUGGACUUGGGAAGACUGGCUUCAUUCCACUUUCAACCUGCCAGUAGAUGUAGAAUUUAUUGCGAGCUCAGAUGAUUCUCGUGGAAUCAAGGGAAAGGAUACUCUAUCUCAAGAGGGGGCUUUCCUUAUCAAAUACCGCUCAGAGGAGGUUCUCACAUAUUUUGCCACUAAGUGGAGCUCACCCGACUUCAAGAAGUAUUGGGAGGAAGACUCCGAACGCGUUGAUCUCAUCAGAAAAGCCGAGUUUCGCACUAUUUUCGAGGGUGGAACCUGUGUUAUGGCGCGAGCGUUCCUACCGUUUCCUGCUCUGUUGUCUCGCAGCAAGAGCUUCCUGAAGAAUAUCGAGCCAGUUGGUUUUCUCAAGGUUGAGACUCCCUUAGAGGAUGACGACCCUUGCUGGAUGGGAUUUGGGAAACACUUCGGCAUCAAAGUUAAGGACGAUAUGUAUCUUUCAAUAAUUAUACUAAGGGCGCUCGUAUACGGUCGAUCUUCUCCCGCUGAUUCAAUGCGCCAUUCUAUGUGGAAACUCUACAACCGAAUCUACGCACUGUAUCUGGCAUGUGAUGAGAAGGAUAGACGCGAGCACCAAAGUGAAUUCCGUUCAUUUACAGAUAGUAUAUACAUCGGUGACGACAAAGACGGCGUACAUAUGUUCAGGGGCCCCAAUGACUGCCUCUGGGACGCACCCCCAGGAUUCUCCCUCAAAAUUCCACUCCGCGACAACUGGAAAGCAGAGUUGGAUUCCAUCGAGCCUCAGGACAGCGACAGCUUGACAAAUUUCUUUUGCCAUUUCCUUGGAGUUAGGAAUACCACCAUCAAGGACAUCUUGGAUGAACUUUGCCUUAAGCGAGAUUUGAUGUCUCAUAAUUGUCAUACUGCAAGUAAUGACCUGAUGGAAACAUACGAGCUGCUUCAUCAGUUGAGCGUGGACAAUGUGUCUCGUAGACAAUCGAAGCACAUAAGGCAUAUAUUCUCUACCGGAAAGAUGAUAUAUAUACCCACUGGCAAGAACAGCAGGCAUUGGUUCAAGACAUCAGAAUGCCUGUGGUUAGCCAACGGCGCGAUCGUCGGGAAACCUUGCCUAGAUGAAUUCUAUCCGGAUCUUGAAGAGUUCUUCCAUCAGUUCCUCGAGAUUCCUGAACUAGAUCUGAAGCUUUACUAUCAGGAACUUGUUGACAUGCACGAUACUGUGCCUACAGCAGCAGCCGCCAAGAAUAUGCUUGUCUCCCUCAAUGCCAUGCUUUCUUCGGCGCCAGACCCCAUGAGAUUCAAAUCUCAAGCUGAGCAUUUCCAUAUCUUUCCCGCAAUCCUCCCUGAUGGUACUAGUAAAGUACUUCGCUCGCGUGAUCACUUUCUCAUCGGUGAUCGCCGCCACUACGCCGAGGCCUUGAAAGAUAGUCUUACGAUACUUGACUUCACACUCGAUGAGGUGACACGGCUGCACAUCGUGUUCGAGUGGUUUGGCUUGAAAGACAGAUAUCUAUCCCAAGCUGUGACCGAGAUGACUACAGUUAAGGAAGGGCAAUAUGAGAAACUCAACAGCUUGGCGAGAGAUCUCGCAUUGAAAGCUCCUGCUCUUGUGAGCAUCGCGAUAUAUUCCGAUGAAUACCUCAACCCUGAUAAGCUAAAUGCAAGCUUGCAGAGGGUCCAGGUAUAUGUUACUGACUCCAUUGUAUCCACCUUAAUCGCCGAAGAGGGCGGGAAGAAAGUCCAGAAAUCCAUCGGCAAAAAUGACCUUCACGUACAGAAUUUAGUCAACGGCGAUCUGCGGAUACACAUCACAGCAGACGAAGAUUCUCGAGACUUGGCUUUCGCAUCCAAACUACCUCGGGAGCUCAUGACUGCCUUGCUGGGAUAUGAUACACGGAAGGUAGAUGCUACAGUCUUUAAUAUCGCGGCGAGCGUUCUCCAAGCCAAGCGGAGCCAUGUCCACCGAAUCCUCGAGUUGAAUGGUGUGCCCGACUUGAAGCUGCCAUGUCUUGUCGGCGAAAACUAUCUGGCUGCUGAAGUGGAAGCCGAGAAGCGAAAAAUGGCACCUCCUCCGGAGACUUCGCUCACUCUACAGGCCACGUAUGACAAGGAUGCUUACCUUGACAUGCUCGUCCACGUUGUAGAAGCAGCAAGAGCUCACCAAUUCCCAAGCAGGAGCGGCGAAGCGGAUCUUUCCCAUGCUCUCAAUGGCCUAAAAAUCUCGGGUUCCAAGCCGAAAACCAAACCGCUGAAGUUCUUUCACCCCAGUAUAGAAGAAUGGAGGCAGUUGGUGGGCGCGGCUGGUGAACUUUUUGUUUUCGAGAUGCUCUCUAGCCUUGAUCCCCCUCUACCUAACUUUGGACGCUCCAACUGGCCGAGCGUUAUCCGAAAAUACGUCACUGACCAUCCAGACUACACGGAUAUGGAUGCAUGGGUUGGGGAGGAAGAUGGCGAUAUCCAGUACCACGAUAAACAGAACGCCCUAACAGAUUUUCUCAUUGAAAAGGGCUACUUUGACGAGACUCUUAGUACGCCAUUUCAUAUGAGCAAGACCCAAUACAGUCGCAUGCAACGGUACUGGUCAGAUGCUAGCACUGGGAGCAGUAGAAGCAAAGUGUUUGCUAUUUUCCGAGUCUAUGGCAUUGAGUCGGGCGAGAUUGGCCUCAAGGUGUACGUCGACGCCGAGAGCGCAGGCCAGGAGGGAAACUUGAAAUUUGAAGCCGACAGCUGGGCUGUGAGAGCUCUCUAA